GAUUCUCUUUCCAACUCACGUUCUUAUCCCCAUCAUUAAGCUCCUCAGCUGUACCCACUUCUUCUCAGUUCGUCUCCUCCAUUGAAGUCGUCGCCAUUGAUGGGAUUCAUUGCAAGCUUGAUCACGCUCUUGAAGAAAGCUAGGGCUAAGCAUCGACAACUUCUAGGAGAGUGCGAUGGAUGGCUACAGUCCAAUGCAUUCAAGGGUCAAGUGUACUGUUUUAAGUGCUUUGUUCUUUUGCGAAGACUCGAGCGUUUACUCUCGCAGGCGGCUUCCUGGAAACUACUACCAUGGCAAUUACAGGUCCUAAUCUUCUUUUUUUUCUCUAUUUUGGCUCUGUCGAAUUUACCUCCAUGAAGAACAAACUUCGUCUUCUUCAUCCAAACAUGAGCUUCAAUCAUACGGCUUCUGUAUCAUCAUGGACCACCAUCUUCUUCCUCUGUUUACCCCUGCUUUACGCUUCCACACUUGCUUCUUUUUACGCCCCCGAUGAUCUUUUAAGCAUUAACUGUGGCAGCUCCGGCAACUCAACGGGAAGUGGUCGGACAUGGGCGGGAGACAACGAUUCAAAGUUCUUAUCCAAACAAGACGAAUCUGUUCCAGCCACGGCACUUACUCAAUCUCCUUCUGCCCAACAAGUCCCCUACACCACGGCUCGUCUCUCUCGCUCUCAGAUCUCAUAUUCGUUCCCUGUCUCUCCAGGCCAGAAAUUCCUUCGUCUCUUCUUUUACCCAGCUUCGUACCCGGCUUUUGAUCGUUUCGAUGCCUUCUUCACUGUCAAAUCUGGCGGGUUCACACUCCUUAAGGAUUUCAAUGCUUCGGUCACGGCCGAUGCUCACCGUGAAGAUACCAUCUUCAUAGAAUAUUGCGUCAACGUCGGGGAUGGCGAGAGGCUCAACUUAACUUUCACUCCCACUUCAACACACCCAGGUUCUUAUGCGUUUGUUAAUGGAAUUGAGAUUGUCUCCAUGCCUGAAGAUCUCUAUUACACCAAACCUGACGACCUAGGAUUCAAAUUAAUUGGGUCGGUGGCCGGGUUCAGCAUCUCCGACAGCGUUGCUCUUCAGACAGAGUACAGGCUAAACGUCGGUGGCAGAAUUAUCUCAGCUACGAAAGACACGGGAAUGCUCCGAUAUUGGGACAGCGAUGACAGUUUCUCUGUUAAAAGUUAUUUUUCACCCGCUGAUUUUGAAGGUGAGAGAAGACCCCUGAUGUUCACUAAAGUUCCUAAUUACACAGCACCUGAGGAACUCUAUCGAACAGAACGCGAUAUGCGAAUGAACAAGACUUUGAACAUGAACACUAACCUUACUUGGGAGUUUCCCGUCGAUUCAGGCUUUACCUACAUGCUGAGACUCCAUUUUUGUGAGCUUAAUCCAGAUAUCAACAUUUCCUACAACAGGAUAUUUGAUAUUUACAUAGCCGACCAGUCAGCCGACCAUGGUGCGAAUAUUUUAAAUUGGGCAAAGGGAAAAGGAGUUCCGGUAUAUAGAGACUAUGCCGUCAUUGUUUCAGGUGAUGCAAAACCAGCUUCUCUUUCACUCAAAAUGCAUCCUGAUUUGCAAUCACAGUUGGAGUACAACGACGCGUUCUUAAAUGGGCUUGAAAUUUUCAAGAUCAGUGAUUCACAAAGUAAUCUCGCCGGACCUAACCCUGAUCCUCUUCCACCACCCCUUCCCAAUGCUAAUGAUCUACCCCAAAAACAAGCAAGAAAAAACAGGAGAAACAUUUUAAUCGGUGUCAUCGUCGGCGUUCCAGCUUCCAUUAUGGUUCUGAUUUCCUGUACCGUAUUCUUCCUCAUCACUCGUGGGAAGAACAUCAAGUCGAGUGAUGGAACUUCUAAGUGUAUUACUAAUGGCUCACUUGUACCGGCGGAAUUGUGCCAUCGCUUUUCCAUUGCUGAGGUCAGAGCCGCCACCAACAACUUUGAUGAACUCUUCAUCAUCGGCGUCGGAGGAUUCGGCAACGUCUACAAAGGUAACAUUAACGACGGUCAAACUCCGGUUGCAGUCAAACGACUCAAACAAGGGUCGCAGCAAGGGCUCCAUGAGUUCCGAACAGAGAUUGAAAUGUUGUCCCAACUUCGUCACAAUCACUUAGUAUCUCUCGUUGGCUACUGCAACGAUGGCAACGAAAUGAUCCUUGUCUACGAUUUCAUGGCUCGAGGGACCCUACGUGACCAUCUCUACGAGUCUGAUCAGCUCCCACUUUCUUGGCAUCAAAGGCUGGAGAUUUGCCUGGGUGCGGCACGAGGUCUGCACUAUUUACAUACAGGUGCAAAACACGCUAUCAUUCAUCGUGACAUCAAGUCAACAAAUAUCCUCAUAGAUGAGAAUUGGACGGCCAAGAUCUCAGAUUUCGGACUCUCCAAAAUCGGACCCCCAGGAAUCACGAGAUCCAACAUUAACAUAAGCACAGUAGUUAAAGGAAGCAUUGGAUACUUGGAUCCAGAAUACUACAUGUGUCAAAGGUUGACAGAAAAGUCAGAUGUGUAUUCUUUUGGAGUGGUCCUUCUGGAGGUAUUGUGUGGAAGGCCUCCUAUCAUUCGUACAGUGGAGAGACAGCAACAAAACCUAGUAGAGUGGGUUCGGAGAUGUGUUCGUGAGAAUAAGAUUUAUGAAACGGUGGAUCCAUUCAUCAAGGAAAGUAUAAUGCCCGAAAGCUUGAAGGAAUACAUGGGGAUUGCUUUACAGUGCUUAGAUGAUGAUGGCAAUGAACGGCCGUCCAUAGGCGAUGUGAUGUUGGGCCUCGAGUCUGCGAUGGAGACGCUGAACAGUGCAAAGAUGGCAGAGCUUGGUGGGGCUCUAAAUGAAGAUAUUACUCCCUCCCAUCCUAAAUAA